UACUGUAAAGAUAUAUCGUCUUACCAAAGGCACAAAAAAGAGAGAGGGCAAAAAAAGAUCAUUCUAUUUUGAUAACACAAAAACAUUAUCUACGAGUAAUAAAACUUGCAAAAUAUAGGUAUUCUAUUAUAGCCAAUUGGUUAGAAAUACUUCCAGCCCCCUUGGGAUCGUCAGAGGGUGUCCAGAAACCCUUUUAGCUUUAUAUUGGGCGCUUUUUCCGUGGAACCAGAAAGGUCACAAUAUUUCUCAGCUAUCCAGGCUGUGAACGCCGACCAAAGGGAGGAGUGAGCAUUUUCUUAAACUCAGAAAUAUUUAGAAUCUUUGGAGGAUCUUGAGAAAACUGUUUAGAUUUACAUUAGAUUACGAACCUUAUCACAUGAAACCAGAGUAAUAUUCACAACAUAUUUCAGAUAGUCUCGUAGCCACGGCGACCGAAGGGAAACGUGAGCGUCAUCUUUGAUUCAAAAGUCAUGGAAGGUGGUUCGCAUACGACCUGCAGAUAUAAGUUACUAAAGCCAAGUGAUAGAGCGAGUGCAAGCGAGCAUUAUCUUGCUGUGAAUACUGCGCUAAUAAAUGGAAAAAACAAGCUCCUCUUAUAUGAGAGUAGCACAGAGAGGUAUAGUACGAAACGUUUUAGACUACUAUACCUUCAAGAGGUGUAUUAUGAAACCUGUUCGAGUGCGCCUUGAAGAAUAUGAUAGAAAAAUUUGAAGGGUAUCAUACGAAAUCUCGUCGAUUACUGAACCUUAACGAGGUUUCGUAGAUCCGUAUCAUACCUGAUCUUCUAUUGGGUGUUGAUGAAUUCCUGAAACCAGGACGGAUUAGAUUGUUUUUCUCUUGUAUCAAAUCCCAACGUCAAAAGCACCUGCAAAAAGUCGUCGAAUGUGACGAAGAAGAAUUCAAGGAUGAUCAAGCCGUCGAAGAAGUGUUUAAAAAACUACAUUUAAGAAAUCACACGAAACAGGUUUGUAAUCCACAACGUCCUUAGCCGCUAAAACCCUUCCGUUCAACACCACACCUCGAUAAAAAAAAACGUUCAUUAUCAGCAUCCAAAAAUCAAAAAUAAACGCACAAAAAUUCCAUGAUUAAUAACAUAUACUACAAUUAUUUACUACUUGUUUUCCUCAGCCGACUGCUAACAUCCCACCUAUUCAUAAACACCUUUCUUGACAUCCGUUUAUGUAUUUGUGAUGAAACAUGACUUUAUAGCACUGAAAAUAUCUUCAGAACGAUUUUCAUGAUUAUACUAAUGCUAAUGGUACUCAUUGUCCACCAUUUUCCGACCUGUUGCGAAGGUUAUAUUUCAAUGUACUAUAGUGCAUUUUACAGAGAAUUUUAUUCUCUAUAAGUUGUGCUUAAAAUUGCUCUAGACCAAUGGAAUUUGCUUGGAAUUGAAUGGACAAUCCAAAAAUCAUAUUUAAAAGUGUUUUUGAAACUUAUGGCAGCAAGCAUCUUCCGGGAACAUCAAAGUUUUCGUGAUAUUAACUACAUGUAUGAAUUAGACAAUAGGUACGGAGAAAAAUGGUGGUCAAUUAACGGCGGUUAUUGUAUUAGACAUUCACUAAGCUACAAGCAAUUCGGUUGUUCAAGCUACGACAGUUCAAUGUUAGAUUCAUAUGUAUAUUAUGUUGAAUAUGUAUUAACACAUGCUCUUGACGCUGAUUGUAAUUAUAAUUCACCUACUACAUGUCAAGCACUGAUCAAUACUGGGUGCAAAACAACACAUCUCUAUUAUUCAUCGCAAGGAGCCAUUUUAACUUCAUACCUGCAAAUGCUGUUUCGUAAACAGCGUAAUUGGAGUAUCAGAGAACCCGGUUAUUUAGAUUUUAUUAAAAAUACAAAUUUAAAAUGCCGAGGACAGCAGGCGAUAUCGGACGAAAUUGGUGUUUCUACACAAGAACUUCACGUUUUUGAAAAAUGA